AUGGGCGGCCGCGACGGCACUGUGGUGGUCUGGGACAUUUGCACCGGUGAGGCCAAGCAAGAGCUUUGUGCAGCCCUGAGCAUUGCACUGACAGGUUGUGGCAGUGCCAUAUCUUCGUUGGACUAUGCAGAGUCCUUGAAGGCGGUCUUCUCUGGUGAAGAGAAUGGCACCGUCAUCCUUUGGGACCUUUGUCGAGGUCUUCAGCUUUCAGUGGUUUGGUGUGAUGCCGCAGUGAAUUGCCUCGCCUAUUGGUUCAUCGCGCCGUAUAUUCGGGACAUCCCGCACCUGCACAACGGUGAGAUGAUGCAGAAGCUCAUCCCAGCCACUCCACGCGGCACUAUGGGAAGAACCUUCCUCACGGGGGAUACAGCUUUUAAGGUGAAAGUCUGGGACAUUGAGACGGGCAUUGCAAAGAAGGUCUUUCAUUGCCACAGCCAUGUUCUGGUGCUAGCCGUUUCGCCCUUCUUGGGUCUCAUUGCUGCCGGGGAGGCCAAUGGCCGGGUCACUCUUUGGGAUGCCGAGGUUGAGACAGUUCUUCAUCGCUUCGAGGGUGGCGCUUUGCGGUCUUUGAACUUCGCCCAAGUGGAGGACAUCCAUUUCCUCAUUUGUGCCGAAUCAAUGCGGCUCGUGUCCUGGGACAUCGACACGGGUCAAUUUCGGUUGAUAUUGAAAGACAUGUUCCUUAGGCAGAAAAAUAUCCAAUGUGCCAAUCAGGAGGGCGCUGAAUCUCCUGAUGUGCUGCUGGUGGGUGACAGUGCAGGCCUUGUGCGCGCCUUGCGGCUGGAGGCGUUGCAUGCAACACGUGGUCAUGAUGGGCCCCGCAGUGGGGAUGGCAUUCGGCUGCGGAGCUCCUUGAGAAGCUGA